AUGUGCCAAACAGAUAUCAAGUGGGAAAUGGAGAUGGUCCUGUUACAGACCAGUUACAACAACCUGACUAAAGAAAGAGACCAGUUACAGACCAGUUACAACAACCUGACUAUAGAAAGAGACCAGUUACAGACCAGUAACAUCAACCUGACUAUAGAAAGAGACCAGUUACAGACCAGUUACAACAACCUGGCUAUAGAAAGAGACCAGUUACAGACCAGUUACAACAACCUGACUAUAGAAAGAGACCAGUUACAGACCAGUAACAUCAACCUGACUAAAGAAAGAGACCAGUUACAGACCAGUUACAACAACCUGACUAUAGAAAGAGACCAGUUACAGACCAGUAACAUCAACCUGACUAUAGAAAGAGACCAGUUACAGACCAGUAACAUCAACCUGACUAUAGAAAGAGACCAGUUACAGACCAGUAACAUCAACCUGACUAAAGAAAGAGACCAGUUACAGACCAGUUACAACAACCUGGCUAUAGAAAGAGACCAGUUACAGACCAGUAACAUCAACCUGACUAUAGAAAGAGACCAGUUACAGACCAGUAACAUCAACCUGACUAUAGAAAGAGACCAGUUACAGACCAGUUACAACAACCUGACUAUAGAAAGAGACCAGUUACAGACCAGUUACAACAACCUGACUAUAGAAAGAGACCAGUUACAGACCAGUAACAUCAACCUGACUAAAGAAAGAGACCAGCUCCAACAAACAGUUGGAGACAUCACCAAAGAGAGAAAUGAUCUUCAGAGACAACUUAAAGAUACUGAGGCCAGUUGCAAAACCCGUGCUGAGAAAGACAAGAUGAACAUGUUGAAUAAUGGAUGGCAGUUUUUCCGAGAUGGAUUCUAUCACAUUUCUUCACAGAGGAAAACCUGGCAAGAAAGUAGAAAUGAUUGUCUUCAAAAAGGUGCAGACCUGAUGAUUAUCAACAACAUCGAAGAACAGACUUUUAUAAGACAGUUUAACAAGUACAUGUGGAUUGGCCUGACCGACUCAGAGACGGAGGGGACAUGGAAAUGGGUGGAUGGGACUCCAAUGACUACAAGCUACUGGGAUUCUGGGGAGCCUAACGGUGGAAGCAGUGAAAACUGUGUGGAAAUAAAGUACUAUGAUAAAGAGAACAACUGGAAUGAUGAAGCAUGUUCCAGUUCACACUUCUGGGUCUGUGAAAAGAAAUUCCUUUCAUAACCCUCCAUCCAAAACCAUCAGACAGUGCUGAAAACUCAAUACGUUCACUGGUUUUUAUAGAGCGCCAAAUCAUAACAGAAGUUAUCUAAGGUCAUUUUUUAGAUUUGUCAGUUUAGUGUGGAUAUAAUGUGAAACUUGGUUAUAACUGUGCUGCUGGGAAAGUGGCCUGUUAACAUACAACUACUGCUUUGUUUGCAAAAAUCACGAAAAGUAAUAUAUUAAACAUGCUGUCUGCUUUUCUUAUUAGUUGACGUGA